AAUGCGAGAAAUCGAUAAGUAAAAGAGCAUACCUUACCGCUUGCAGGCCGGCCACGUACAACUACAAGAAAUUAACAAAAAUUAAAAUACCAAUUGAACCAUGGAGACAAUGCAGCGCUACGUUUCGCCCAUCAACCCAGCGGUCUUUCCACACCUAGCCACAGUGCUUCUCAUUAUUGGUACAUUUUUCACAGCCUGGUUCUUUGUUUUUGUUGUCUCGCGCAAGAGCACAAAAGAGAACACAUUAAUUAAGGAGCUCCUAAUCAGCCUGUGCGCCUCGAUAUUCCUCGGAUUUGGAAUUUUGUUUCUUUUACUAACCGUUGGCAUAUAUGUAUGAGAAACGAAUCAAUUGUUAGCAUUCCGAUUUUAAGAUAAAUAUAUAUAUAUACAUACAUGAAUAAAAUUAUUAAUGCGCGAGCGAA